UAUUUAUUUAUUUAUUCAUUCAAAAUUAGUUUUCAAUAAUUUAUUAGUUUCAUUUAUUUAAUGUCAUAAAGUAGAAUUCCGAUAAAUUCAGCAAGUACAAUUGAAAUUAAACAAAAAGCCAAUAAUUCUAAACUAUAGUAACCUAAUGAUAUUAAUGCAUAGAAUCAUAUUGAAACAAAAUAAGAAAAGAAUAUGAAAAGACAAAGUUUAAUCAUAUCAACAGAAGAGCUAGCGAGAAGGGAGGAAAUUGAAAAGAAGAGACAAAAGGAACAUUAAAACUAAUCAAAGCAUAAUAAUAACAAAAAUAGUUAGUCCUAAGAAGCAAAAUAAGGAGGAAAGUUUGUAAUGUAUUAAUCAUAAACAAUAAAACCUGUGAAAAAUCAAUAACCUUAGAUAGAAUAAAAUCUAACUCUUAAUUCACAGCCUGCAGAAUCGCAGUAUUCAAAAAAUAAUUAGCAAAAGUCUUAGCAAUAAAUUCAACCAGAUUAGAAUAAUAUAAUAGAUAAAAAUCGUUUAUCGAUUUCGAUAUAGAAUGUAAGGAGUCUGUAAGAAAAAGAUAAUAAUAUAUUUUUUACAAGUGUAGAACCAGGGAAUAGAGGUAGCAUUUUGAUGAGUAAAUAAAAAAAGUAAGAAAAUAACUUAAAUGUUAUUUCUCAAAUUACAGAAACUUAAAAUGAAAAUUAAUAAACAGAAUCUAAAAGAUCUUAUCUUCCAAACAUUAAUCAACAUUCUUAACUACUUGUAGAUACUUAUAUUGCAAAUACUCAAUCUAAAGAUUCUGCUAAUUUUCACUCGAAUUAACCUAGUACUAUACAUACUAAAAAGAUAAUAGAUUCUCAUAAAGAUUACGAAGAUAGAGAACCACAAUAUUAAAGAAUAAGAGAUUUUAAAAUAAAGGUUGAGCAAAAAUAAUUUUUAUUUGAGGGAUUAAAAUUAGUUUAAUUUGAAAUGUUUGUUAUUAGAGAGCCUGCUAUGUAAGGGAUAGUUGUCAGAGACGUGUUAAAAAUAUUAGCUGAUAAAGUUGUUUCUUUUAAAAAUUACUUGAUUGAUAGGAAUAAAAUGAGAAAGGUUUUUGCAUCUCUAAGCUACUCCACUAAAAUUAUAACAAAUAUUAAAUUUGAGUAGUUGAUAGGGUUACUAGAAAAGAUAGCUAUUAUAGUUACUUAAGAUUUUAAAGAUUAUCCGGAAUGUCCUAGUAUUGGAGAGAGCCCUUUGGAAGAGUUUAGGAGGAAGAGUGAAGAGUACUUUAAAAAAAUGACCUAGUAUAAAGAGUAGGAAGAAGAUUAGAUAAAAAAAUAAAAUGAUAUGAUUAAUUUUACUUCACCAAAAUACAGAGGAGGUAUUUAAACAGGAAGUGAUUCAUUUUUAUAAAAUAACCAUAGAAAAAUUAACACCACAUCUAAACCUCAGCAGCAUUAAGUUCUAUAAACUAGAAAUUCUAUGAUUGAAUUUAUCAAAUUACCUUUAAGAUACGAUAAGAGAUAUCCUUAUUACAGGCCAGAAAUAGACACUGUAGAAUAAGAACCUUAUGUAUUUGAAGACAAUAUUUAAAUAUACGAUAAAGUUGCUGACUAUUUAAAAGAAUGUAUAGAUGCUUAUCGAAUUAUGUCAAGAUAAAGAGAAUUUAAACAUCUUAAUGAGUAAAAUUGCGAGGAGCUACUCAAACUAGUUACAUAGACUAGAUUCUUCUUAAGUGAAUAUGGUGAGUAGCUUAGAAUGUUUGAAAAAAAUAAUGAAGAUAAAUUGAGAUAAUAGAAAAUAUACUAGUAAGAAAAAAUUAGAAAUGAAAACAGUUUAUUAAAUAUUAGUAAAAGCUAUACGUAGACCUAGCCACUACCAAAUAUUUAAGAUGCUGUAGUUGAUGAAAAAAAAGAAACAGAUAAAGAUAAAAACGAGAAACUUGAGUUUAUUUAUAGAGUCUAAAAGCUAACUAGCUUACUUUACAACAAAUUUAAUUACAAAAGGAAUAAAUUCUAGACUCGGGAAUCCAAAGUAAUUCUCAAUUAAGACAAAUUUGAAAAGGAGAAAGAACUUCUGCUUUAAAGUAAUGAUUUAGAUGCAGCUAUCAAGAGUAAAACAAUAGCCGACAAUAGGAAACUUGUAGCUAUAAAGAGAUUAAGGAUAAAAGAUGAUGUUAAUGAUUUAAAGUUUGGUAAUUAAUUGCAAGGAAGCUCUUAUUUUAAAGCCUUCGAAACAAAAGAUUAAUGA